UCACACAGUAGCGAGGAAAGCGUCCAACGAAGCAGAUCUAACAGAUUGGAUACAUGUCUUUUUUUGGAACAACUUGAGCAGUAUUUAAGAAUAAUACAUAUAUAUCACGACAGCCCACUUACACACAAAAUACCGCACUGAAAACAUGUUCAAUAUGUUACCCUUAAGAAAAUUAAUUGUUUCAUUACCUCGCUCUCAAAUAAGAUUUUACAGAGCCUCUGUAGCUGAGAGUGAAACAGUUUGUCGAGAACAGUACCAUGAGCUGGACAAAAACCUGGAUCUUUCGAAGUUCACAACAAUUGAAGGAUCCCAAGGACAAGUGGAAACUAUGACGAUUCAGGAUUCCAAGAAAGCAUUGGAAGAAGCAAUAGACUAUUCUGUUCACGGACCCAGUGCCCAGGGAAUACAAGGUGGACAUGACGACUUGGUAGACGUUUUGUACAAUGAAAAGCUGGAGUCAGAUAUAGUAAAAUCUGAUGCUAAUGUUGAGGCUUAUAACUGCCAUAGCAGUUUAAAUUUACAUGGAUGUAUGCAGUCUAAUGUACCACAGCCAUUCACAACUAGUUGUGAACACUAUGAUUCUCCUUGUAAUCUUCCAGGCAAUGGGAUAUUGCAGAAGCAAAAAUAUAUAAAUGAUGCUAUGAGUGGUUACCAUCCAUCAAGACAAUAUCACACAACUAAUUCACAUUUCAAAACAUUGGCUCAACCUUCAGCUCAGCAGGAGUCAUUCCCUGACCCACAAGGAAUACAAGGAGAUGAUUGCACUCUAGAACUUUGGAUGGAAACUUGCAUGAGAUACAACCUUCCUAAUUGUCAAGACCAAUUUGUUAAUAUUAAGGAAGGAAGAAAAACACUGAAAGAGGUGUUUGCUGAGCAAGAGUUAAUGCUAAAAGAAAUAGCAGAAAACUACACAUCAAAUACUAAAGCUAGCCUUUCUGCAGAAUUACAAAUUGACACUGAUGGUCCGUGUCCACAAGGUAUACAAGGUGAUGACUGUGCACGUUAUCAGUUAUGGUUAGAGAAUUGCCAGCGUUUUAGCUUUGGUGAAUGUAAAGACCAGUUAACCGGAAUAAAAAGUGGAAGAAAAAAUCUAGCACAAAUUUUGGCUGAACAGGAUGCACAAAUAAGACAGGCAGUGGCUCAUUACUACCAGAAAAGAAGUUAUUCAACAUCCUCAUCAUCAAACCAAAACGGAUCUGAGGUUGGUAGAGAUGUGCAAUCUCAAACAAACCCAGGGAAAUUAAGUAAUAAGGACCGUUUAAAAAGGGCAGUGAAAGAGUAUGGUUCAACAGUUAUAGUUUUCCAUGUAGGAAUAUCUCUGAUUUCUCUUGGAGGCUUUUAUCUGGCUGUGUCAAGCGGAAUUGAUAUGGUAGCGUUGCUGACAAGGAUAGGAGUUGGUGAAAGUCUACUCCAGUCCAAACUGACUACUGGGGCCAGUACCUUUGUAGUAGCUUAUGCUGUACAUAAAGUAUUUGCUCCAGUUAGAAUAGCUAUUACCUUGACUUCUGUGCCUUUAAUAGUUCGAUAUUUAAGAAGAAUUGGUUUUUUGAAACCUCCUAAGAGUUCUGCUUGAAAAAAGUUAACUGUCUAUUUAUUCUUUCACGAUGAAAUGUAAUCAAUUUAUUUCAUUGUAUUUUUUAUAUUUUUGUCUAAAUUAUGGUUUGUAUCAUAGUUCAAAUAAAUCACACAUUUAUCAUGAAGAUAUAAUAUGGAAGAAAUCAUCUGAAAUGGCGUAGUUUUCAUUUGGAAAAUAAAUGACUUUUAUCAUGUUUAUGGAAAAAAGAGAAAGAAAAAAAAAACUGUAGUGUAAUUUAAAUAAGACCAAAACAUUUAGAUAUAAUUUAUUUGUUUAUUCUAAUGGCUUCUUAAUUUAGAUUUUUCUUAGACAUACAUUUUGGUACAAAGUAAACAUAUCAACCAGUAUCACAUGUUUAUACAUAUCAACAGUUUGGCAAUGUAUUACAACCUUAAAUUUUAGUGGUGAUAUAUUUACUAAUAAUCCCAAAGAGGUUAAAAGGUUAAUGUUUAUAAAACAUAUUUCAUUGAUUUAAAGAUUACUGUGUAGCCAUUAUAUAAUGUCUAACAUAAUUUAUUACCUAGAUAUCUUUAAAUUUAAAUGAAAUGGAAUCAAUGAAAUAGAAAAUAGGGCAAAAGAAUCAGUGUGUAAAGGGAGAUAAUUCAUCAUGAUAUUAAAUAGUAAAAUCCUAAAACUCUUGAACCUCACCAUAAUCAUCUUUCCAUCUAUGAAUGCACGGAAAUGGGGUUAUAAAAAUUAAUAAAAGCAGCAAAUCAACAAAACAAUAAAACACAGACAAGCAAAAGGAAAAAAAAUUUUUAGAGGCAAAUAUGUUUAAUUCAAUAUCUACCUUUAACACCUUUUUCUUUGAAAACUGAUUUUAGAGGUCAGUAAAAUGUAUUAUAUGUGUAAAUUUGCUUAUGUAAAUUAUUUCUUAGUGCUAUUUAUUAUAUAUUGAGAUCUGUUGAUUGAUUUAUUUUUUAACAUAUUAUGGGUUUAUUGUGAAAUUUAUUUCUUGAGUUGCCCAAAAAGUUCAUUUUACAUGUGUUCACAAUAAGCACUGAUUACUUAUUUAAUGGAUAUUGUCUACUAAAAUAAUAUUUUUUGUUAACACUAAAAAAAAUAAUUGUUCUUUGAAAUACUUUAAUGAGACAAUCAUCAAAAUAAAAUGAAUGGUUUUAUUAAAUGCAAAAACAUGUGUUUUAUACCAUUGAAUGUUAUCUAAUAUCAUAUUUCUACAGAUCUGGUUGAUUCUUAGUUGGAAAAUGUUCAAAGUUUUAUGUUAUCUUAAACGGUUUUAUCAUUUCAGUUUUCCAUCUAGAUGCAAUAAGUAAUUUCCUUCGUAGGCCCAUAUAAAAUAGAGGAAAUUCCUCUGCCUAUUUUUGUGAACAAAUAAUAAUAAUUAUUACAUUUACUGUUAUUUGAAAUUGCUUCAAAAAAUACAAUUAUAAGAAAUUUUUGAAACAAGUUGUAUUUGUCUGUUUGUCUUUUUAUUAUUUUUGGCCAUGGCGUUGUCAGUUUGUUUUCGAUCUAUGAGUUUGACUGUCCCUCUGGUAUCUUUCGUUCCUCUUUUAUAACAAAUAUUCAUUUAAUUAAGAAUGUUAAUGAUCAAGUGUUUUCAUUGUUAUUUAUACAUGUACAUACAGUGUUAUCCAUUCUUUUGUUUCUGUCCUUCCCUCAAUUUGCCUUUUUUUUUUCGUUUUUCGGUGGUAUAACUUACUUAUAAGUUUGUAUUGGCAUGUUCGUAGGCAUGCAAGGACUAAACAAAAAAUGAUAAAAAUUGUACUUGUCCUAAUAUUCCUUUGAAAUGUCUGCAGAUCUGUGACUUAAGAUCAAUUGAACAAAAACAUAUGUUUUUCUGUUUUGUCAUGUUAUCUGUACAGUAAGCCCAUGAACACAGUGUUGCCAGUGUUUGUCCCUGAUUUACCUACUUUUUCAUAUGACAUCCCAGUAAGGUAUAUUUAAAAUGAGGCUGUAGGUGGGCACAUAUGUUUCCUGUUGAAUAUCUCGUUUAACCUUAUCCCAAUAUACAUCUUAAACCCUGUUACAACAUGUAAAUGAUGCUACUUUUUUAUAUUUUCAAAUUUGUUGUUCUGGAGUUGUUGAAAUUUAGGAGACAUGCAUAUGGCAUAGUUAAUAU